AUGGAAGAGUGGGAAGCAAUUGUAGAUAAAUAUGAAGAACCUGUUGAACCGAGGAGUUUCCUGAAGGCUUGCCAGUCUGUUAAAACUUUGUUGGAACAGGAUCUCGCACCAUUUGAAAUUGAUUGGUUGCUAGACACACUGUUCCUAAAACCUGUGAACCUCAUAACAACUGUAGCCACAAAAUGUUCAGAUGAUGCUUGGUCACAGAGUAUCGGAGACGCAUUCAAAUUACUGUCGGAGUUGAUAAUGAAACAUCCGGAUCAUGCAUCCCCACAUUUUGAAAAUAUUGUUAAGCUUUGCAACCUAUCCUAUGAUGCUAGAACGCGACAGCAUGCACUACAUUGUCUCACGUGUGUUGUUCGACACUCGGAUAUAGGGGCCGCUAAUCAUCUCAGAUACAUACACGCUCUGGAAGAAGACAGCACAUGUAAAGCGACUAUGGCUGAACUUGUGGGUGCAAUAUGUGAGUAUCAUCCUGACAUGGUGUCUGAAGAUGUGACGACAAUAUGGCGGGUGUACCUCAAUCUACUGGAUUCCAACAAAUUUUCGGAUACAGUCGUGAGGUCCGUUCUGCUUGGAAUACUGGGUUUAUUUAAGCUCUUCUCCAUGGACCUGCCCACUGCUGAGCUCAACGAAUUCUAUGAUAAGCUGGACUCCUGCAAGGAGAAAUACAGGUGUAGGGAAGAUUAUUUUUUAUGCGGCUUUUCAUACGAUAUAGUCGUGAGAUCCGUACUGCUCGGUAUACUGGGUUUGUUCAAGCUCUUUUCCAUGGACCUGCCCACUGCUGAGCUCAACGAAUUCUAUGAUAAGCUGGACUCCUGCAAGGAGAAAUACAGGUGUAGGGAAGUUUACCUGACAAUAUUGGAACAUUACGCGGGAUUGUUCCGCGAGCGAUUAUCGGCGGAUGCCUCUGCCCGGAAGUUGCUGUGGACUUGGCUGGCUGCCCAGGCUUCCCCACAAACCCGGCCGGCUUUAAUCUCCGUUUACAGGGAAAUUGGCGACACUGUGGACGAGACUACCAUCCGCCGUAUCGUGACGUCGGAAGUGCUGCCACAUCUGCAAGAUGCACGCGCGCACGUGCGCCUGACGGCUGCGAGCGUGUUGCGCGUGUGCAUCCCGUACAGCGAGGACUGGCAGGAGAACACCCACGCACUUGCGGACGCGCCCGCGCUGCAGCACGCACUCGCUGCGGGAUCCCUCAACAACGACGACGUCGAAACGAUAAAAUGGUGGAUAGAGACGUACACAUCGCAGGAUGACAAAAUCUUAAAAACUGCCAUCAUGUUCCACGAACAUAUUCCGGUGAAACAUCGCAAGCAAGUCGUCGCGUAUGGGAUCCUGAAAGCGCCACAUGACGUCAGAACGGAGGUAGUAACUUUUCUCAUAAAUGAGACAUGCCAAAGUUAUAAAGAUAAUGGAAAUUUUAACAAAUAUAUGCCAUUGUGGAGAUCAUUGUUCGAUACGGUGAAGGGCACUGACACGGUGGUGACGAAGUCGUGUUGCCUGGUGCUUGACGCCAUUAUGGAUUAUUUGGUGUACAAUCUUGAGAGUUUUUUGGAGAUCGCUGGAAGUGAUUCGGAGGAACUCCCAGACAAGCUUCGCUGCCUUCUCGUUGUCAGUUCCCAAAUAAUCCCACUGUUGGAGAUGGUAGAUGGCGAUAGGGAACGUUGUUUACACGCUCUACAAUUACUACAUGAUUUGAGGCUGGUAUGCAGUUCCGCCGUGAGCGCGAUCCUCGGUGCAAUACGCGCUAUAGCAUUGUAUUUGGAUGACUAUGAGGUCAUAUCUGAUGAUCGUCUGCUGGUCCGAAUAGACAAUUGUCGCGAUAAUGUCGAUCUAUAUGAGUCCUGCUUGGCUUUGAUCCUGACACCAGUUAAAUCGGUCCGAGAUAUUCCUAGUUUGCUCACGGCUUUGCAGAUAACCUUCGCGAGGAGAGACGUUGAACCGGCCAUGCUGUCUCGUUCUAUAAGAACGUUGGAGUCACUCAUUUUGACGCAGAAGGAGAAGCUGGAUGACACGGAGUUGAAUGACGUUAUUAACCAUGUGGAGAGGAUGUACCAUCGGAUAGACCUGAAGGCGAAGGAAGGCAGAUCACUACGCAGGGAUGUGCUAAUGUUCUUAGGUAAAUACGGAACCGGAAGUGACGUAAACAACAAUUCUGACGAUGAAGUGACCGUCCAUCUCAAAAGCUCUUUGACGCUGGGCAUUCCCGAUCCCAGUGAAGGGAUUACAGAUAAGGUGAACCUGGAAAGGAUUCUUCGGUUGGCGCUAAAAUACGAAGAUGCCAAGGCGUUACGUGUCCUGAUAGAGAUCCUGUAUGCCAACGGUGAGUGCCACUACUUGUGUAUUAAUCCUCCUUAG